GUGAUUAGAAGCCACCUGCAGUGGCAUGCACUGAAAUUCUGCAGGAGGCCGAAUUGUUUGCUCUCUCCUUGCCCUGCGGUCCGAGGCUGCGCUGGAGCAAAGGGGCCAGAUCCCGAGAUGAAAAUGGAGGAGCAGGAAUCGGCAAGCCCCGAGCUGGAGACGGGAUCGGGGAUAGCAGGAGAACCCCCUGGCAUCCUUCAAGCGGGGACCCUCAAGCGGAGUCCCAGCGAGGUGGCACCUCCGCAACACAUGAAAGAGGAGCCGGAAGUGGGCCUGUCGUCUCAGCGCUGGGAAGCCCAGUGGCAAGAGUUCCUCAAGGCCGUGCAAUGCCCUCAGCCUGGAUGGGGGAGCCCACUCCUUCCUCAUCCUGCGCCAGCAGGCCGCACAAUGGCUUCUCUGCUCCCUGGCAGCUUGGAAGGACGGCUUCAGAGCUUCAGGCAUUUCUCGUACCAGGAAGCUGCAGGCCCACGGGAGACAUACAGUCGGCUCCGGGAGCUUUGCUACCAGUGGCUGAAGCCGGAGAGGCACACCAAGGAGCAGAUCCUGGAGCUGGUGAUUCUGGAGCAGUUCCUGGCCGUCCUCCCUCAGGAAAUCCGGAGCAGGGUGACGGAACAAGGCCCAGAGACCUGUAUCCAGGCUGUGACCCUGGCAGAGAGCUUACUGCCGAGAAGGGAAGAAGAGCAACGGAGAGAGCAGGGGACAGAGAGGCUGCUCCAGGAAGUGGCUGCGAAUAUCCCAGUGGAAGAUGGUGCAGUUUUGGAAAUCACACAGAGGCCGCUGCACAGGGAGGUCAAGCAAGAGGUCAAGGAGGAUGUCAGCUCACUUGGAGCUGAUGAAUGGCCUGGUAAGGAUAAGAGGGAGCCACAUGGAGUGUUGAUGGAAGUUGCUGAUCAUCAGGCAGUGGAAGAAGACGUUGGGAACAUGGAUGGACCAGAGUGGGAGCAAGGGAACAAAGUGGAGGAAUGGCAGAACAAAUCCAUUGCUUACGAAGGCAGCCGCUUCCACGAAAUCACAGUGCAUCAGAGAAUCCACAGUAGGAAAAGGAGGAACAAGUGCAACGUGUGUGGGAAAGUGUUCAGGGACGAAGCUUACCUUAAUAAGCACCAGAGAACCCACACCGGCGAGAAACCCUACGAAUGCUCAGACUGUGGAAAGAGCUUCCGUUGGAGUUCAGACUUCCACAGGCACCAGAGAACCCACACGGGAGAAAAACCAUACAAAUGCUCCGACUGCGGGAAAAGUUUUCGCCGGAGCUCGAACCUCCAUAGGCACCGGAGAACCCACACGGGGGAGAAAUCGUACGAAUGUUCGGAGUGCGGGAAGAGUUUCCGAUGCAGCUCGAGCCUGAUUAGCCACAGGCGAACCCACACCGGGGAGAAACCCUACGAAUGUUCAGACUGUGGGAAAAGCUUCCGGCUGAGCUCAAACCUUAUCAGCCACAAGAGAACCCACACCGGAGAGAAACCCUACGAAUGCCCUGAUUGCGAGAAAUGUUUCCGUCGGAGCUCGCACCUUAAUACCCACAAGAGAAUCCACACGGGGCAGAAACCCUAUAAAUGCUCAGAUUGUUCCAAAACCUUUUCGGACCGAUCCAACCUUCUCAGCCACCUGAGAAUCCACACCGGGCAAAAGCCGUACACGUGCUCGGAUUGUACCAAGACAUUUUCCAAUAAAUCUAACCUUCUCAGCCAUCAGAGAAUCCACUCAGGAGAGAAGCCGUAUGAAUGCUUAGACUGUGGGAAAAGUUUCAGUGUGUGCCAGUACCUGACCAGGCACCAGAGGAGACAUACGACAGAGAAGCUGCACGAGUGUGUGGACUGUGGGAAGAGGUUUAGUCAGAGCCAGUAUCUUAUCCGCCAUCAAAAGCAUUCACACAGGAGGAAAAUGGGAGUUUGCACUGUAAUAGACAUACAGGUGAAGCACCUCCCGCAGACGAGGCACAUGUACGGCUUCUCCCCCGUGUGGAUCCUCUGGUGUUGCAUGAGGUCGGAGCUGGAGCGGAAGCUCUUCCCGCAGACGAGGCACUUGCACGGCUUCUCGCCCGUGUGGGUCCUCUCGUGCUGCGUCAGGAUCAUGCUCUGGCUGAAGCUCUUCCCGCAGUUCGAGCUGCGCUUGAAGCUCUUCUCGCAGAGGGAGCAGUUGAACGGCUUCUCCUCCGUGUGCGUCUUUUUGUGGUUGACGAAGUUCGAGCUGGUGCUGAACCGCUUCCCGCAAGCACUGGUACGGCUUCUCGCCCGUGUGGAUCCGCUCGUGCUUCACGAGGUCCGAGCUCUGGUGGAAGCUGCGCCCGCAGUCGGAGCACUUGUAGGGCUUCUCCCCCGAGUGGUUCCUCUUCUGGUGGCUGAUGAGGCUCGAGAUGCUGCAGAAGCUCUUCCCACAUUCGGUGCAGAUGUAGGACGUCCCUUCGAUGGAGCCGCCUUCGUCCAAGAUGGGGAGGAGGCUCGGCGGGCCUUCCGGGUGGUGGCUGAUCUCGCAGAUGCCUUCCAUGUCGUGAAACCCGGAAAGGCCAUCUGGCGCUUCCAGCAAGGACCCACACGCUUCCAUGAGCGACUCUAUGGUGCUUUUCUUCGCUGCAAAGUAGAGGCUGGAAGAAGAGAUUUUUCAGCUCCUGGGAGGGAAUCCGUGACCCCCUGCCAAGCCCCGGAGUUAAGAGAGGUGAUGGCGUCCGAAGGCAGGAAUGCAGCUGUCUGGGCUGUCCCCCGAGAUGCCCUGCUGGAGGACACAGUGAAAAUGGAGGCCCAGGAGGAGGCAUCGGAGUCUGAACCAGAGGAGGCUGCAGGAACAGGCCCCUUGGCCGUCCGCUCAGAGAGCCUCAAGGAAUUGUGGGAAGGGACCAUAACAGAGCACAUUAAUCAGGAACCCAAGGAAGGGCCUCAGGAGGAGUGCUGGGAAGCUCAGUGUCAGGGGCUCCUGAAGGCUGCGCAGUCUCCGCAGCCUGAACCAGGAAACCUGGAGCUGGCCAGCAAUGGCCCAAGGGACACUCAGGGGCGAUCAGACAUUGGGCUGCAGUCUGGGCGAGGGAGGGUGAUCUGCCAUCUGCCUGGCCCUGGAGGAGACAUCCCCCAGCCCACCCACAGCAUUUUGGCCUUGGAUCGUGGGGAAGUGAAGAAGGAGGCUCCCAGCCAGGAGGUGGAGCGCCUGUGCUUCAGGCAGUUCCUCUACCAGGAGGCCGAGGGGCCGCGAGAUCUCUGUGGGAUGCUGUGGAGGCUCUGCCAUCGGUGGCUGCAGCCGGAGAGGCGCACCAAGGAGCAGAUGCUGGAGCUGGUGAUUCUGGAGCAGUUCCUGGCUGUCCUGCCCCCGGAGAUGCAGAACUGGGUCAGGGAAGGCGAGCCAGAGACUUGCGGUCAGGCAGUCGGCCUGGCAGAGGAUUUCCUGGAGAGGCAGCAAGAGAACGAGCACAAAAUACAACAGGUCCUCUGGCCCUUCAAGGAGAAAGCGGAUGAUUCCCCUGAGGCCGACGGGGCUCUGUCAGACUCUGGCGAGUGGCCACUCAUCAGAGUGGUCAAGCAGGAGAAUACAGCUGCUGAUGCCCCUUGGCUGGAUGGUGAGGAGGAGAAGAUUGUGCCAGUCAAUUCUGAAGAAGCUGAACCACGUUGGAUGCUGCCGGAGAGAGCAGAAUGGACUGUAUCCCGAUAUGCUGACCGGGGAGAAGCAUCUGAAAACAAGCAGGAAACUCACCCCCAUAAUGAAGAAGGCAAGUCUGUUCUUUUCCAGCUCCCUGCCAUGCCAGUCCAGCAAAGGUUCCUCAAGGGUGAGACAUGCGCUGAGUGCGGAAAGUCCUUUCGCUGCAAGGCGGAGCUCACUGAACAUCAGAGAAUGCACUCCGGAGAGAAACCCUACAUCUGCUCCGACUGUGGGAAGAGCUUCUGCAGGAGGAAUGUCCUGGUUGCACAUCAGAGAAUCCACACCGGGGAGAAGCCCUUCAACUGCCCGGACUGCGGGAAAAACUUCAACCAGCGAUCGCAUCUUACGGCACAUGAGAGAACCCACACGCAAGAGAAGCCCUUUGCUUGCGUGGACUGCGGACAGAGCUUUAGCAGGCGUACUGGGCUUGUGGCUCACCAGAGGAUCCACACGGGAGAGAAGCCCUAUCACUGCCAAGACUGCGGGAAAAGUUUCAGGCAGAGAUUCGAUCUUAUUCGGCACCAGAGAAUCCACACGGGAGAGAAGCCGCACGAGUGCCCCGACUGCGCCAAAAGCUUCAGGAACAAAUCCGCUUUCCUCGUGCACAGAAGGAUCCACACCGAGGAGAAACCGUACCCGUGCUCUGGGUGCGGGAAGAACUUCCGGCAUCGCACGAACCUCCUCGCGCACGAAAGGAUCCACACGGGAGAGAAGCCCUACAAGUGCGGGGAGUGCGGGAAGAGUUUUGGUGACGGGUCGUCCCUCAUGAAACACAAGCGAGCCCACACGGGCGAGAAGCCGUACAAGUGUGCCGAGUGCGGGAAAUGUUUCUCUCAGAACGCCGGCCUGGUUCAGCACGAGAAGAUCCACACGGGAGAGAAACCCUUCCGGUGCCCAGACUGUCCCAAAAGCUUCCGGGACAAGUCGGCCUUUGUCGUCCACCACAGGACGCACACGAGGGAGAAGCCGUUCCAGUGCUCGGUCUGCGAGAAGAGCUUCAGCCAUCGCUCCAACCUUCUCAAGCACGAAAGAACCCACACUGGGGUGAAGCCCUACAAGUGCCUGGAGUGCGGAAAGGGCUUCACUCAGAAGCCAAAUCUCCUCGUACACGCGAGAAGCCAUUUGAAAGAGGAAGGGGCCAGCCUUGGCCCCGGAACCAAAAUGGCGGCAGAUCAUGGCGAUGCGUCCGAUUUUGGCGCAGAGACUAUCGGAAAGUUGGGUGUGAAGACUGAGAAGCAGGACCUGGUGGAUACCGAGCCAGGGAACGGCACGGGGAAAGAGCCUCGUGGCGCCCAGCCUGAGAGUGCCAAGGGAUUCUGGGAAGGUGCCGCACUGGACCGUGUCAAAUGGGAGCCUGAGGGGGCAGCGCAAGGAUGCUGGGAGACCCAGUGGCAGCGGUUUCUGAGGGCGGUACAGUCCCCGCACUCGGAACAAGGAAAGCCCCCCCAGCCGGAACCUGCACCGAGGGAUGUUUCUCAGGCCGAUCUGCCUCCUUCUGAGGGAGCGUCGGAGACAGGCCUGCAGCUGAGGAGACAGGAGGGGGCUCAACUCCUGCCCAGCGGUGAAGCCCAUAAGAACUCGGGAGCCGAAGGUGAGGUCCUCGUUCCCGGGAAGGUAAAGGAAGAGGACCUGGAUGCGGAGAGUGUCCGCCAGCACUUCCGGCAGUUUUGCUACCGGGCGGCCGAGGGGCCUCGCAAGGUUUGCAUCCGCCUCUGGGACCUUUGCCGACAGUGGCUGCAGCCGGAGAGGCGCACCAAGGAGCAGAUCCUGGAGCUGCUGGUGUUGGAGCAAUUUCUGACUGUCCUGCCUCCGGAAGUCCAGGCCUGGGUCAAGGAGGGAAGCCCAGAGUCCUGCGCACAAGCAGUGGCCCUGGCUGAGGACUUCCUGCUGCAGCAAUCCCGAGAGGAGGAGAGAUGGGAAGAGGAGGUGCCGGGGGUGUCUAAGGAGGUAGCUGCCGGGUCUUCAGAGGCAGAGCAGGCUCCGUUGGAAACCUGGCAUGAUGUGCUCUGCAGAGAGGUCAAGCAGGAGGGGGACAGAGAUGCCACCUGUGCAGGUGGCAAGAGGUGCUGGGAGGAAGAGACGGACCAUCCAGAAAUGGCCGGGGAUCUCCAUCCGUACUGGGUCCUACCGGGGAACGUUGAGCCAAACAUUUCCCAGCAUCCGGAUCAGGGCGAAGCUUCGGUGAGCCGGCAAGGGGGCCCCUCAAAUAAGGAAAGAGAGGCAGCACCCAUCGUUUGUUACCAGCACUUCUAUGAGCCGUGCGGCGACAGACAGGUACAAGAGAGGCUCGCCAAAGGCGGGAGAGAGAAGACUUGCCCCGAGUGCGGGAAGGCCUUUCGGUGGAGGGCCGAAUUGGUCGCCCACGAGAGGACUCACACCGGAGAGAAGCCGUACGAGUGCCUGGACUGCGGGCGAAGCUUUAGCUACAAAUCCCGCCUCAUCACCCACAAAAAGAUGCACACGGGGGAGAAGCCGUACAAGUGCCCCGACUGCGGGAAGAGCUUCAGCCGGCAGCCGCACCUCAUGUCGCACGAGAGAGUCCACACGGGAGAGAAGCCCUACAUGUGUGCCGAGUGCGGGAGGAGCUUCAGCGACAGGUCCAACCUGAACACGCACAAGAGGACCCACACCGGGGAGAAGCCGUACCGGUGCUCGCACUGCGGGAAAAGCUUCAGCCAGAGCUCCACGUGCAUGAAGCACGAGAGGAUCCACACGGGGGAGAAGCCCUACAAGUGUGGGGAGUGUGGGAAGAGCUUCUGCCAGCGAUCGCAGCUCACCAACCACGAGAGGACCCACACGGGAGAGAAGCCCUACAGAUGCUCCGUCUGCGGAAAGGAGUUCAGCAGGAGGACGGACCUGGUCACUCACCAGAGGAUCCACACGGGGGAGAAGCCCUACAAGUGCCUGGAGUGCGGGAAGAGCUUCGGCGCCGGGUCAAGUCUCAGCGAGCAUAAGAGGACCCACACGAGGCAGAAAGCGCACCGGUGCUCGCACUGCGAGAAGAGUUUUGCUCAUGCUGCCGACUGUGCGAGGCACGAAAGAAGCCACGCGACACAGGUAUUGCAAACCGUUGGGUUGGUCCCAGGGCUGUCUGUGGGCACUCUGUGUUUAAAUAAAUAAACACCGCCGCUGUUUCCACCUUAAGCUGA